AACACCUUCUGGCCUCGUGGAUUUGGAUGACUAAUGGUCUUCUUUAGGAGUUUGUAUGUCUUGCUUCAUUUCCUCUUCUGAAUUCAGCUGAAAGAGCAAAGCACCUCUGCCACAGAGAGAGGGGGUGAUUGCCUUGUGUCUGUCCUGAGCCCCUCUUACAAAUAUUGUCAAUGCACUUGCCCUCAGCUGGGCUCUCCUGAAAAAGGCAUGGAUAAGAACACAGAUGAGGAGCAGCCUUCAACUUCCUGUAACCAGUACCCCAAGGAAGCAGUGAAGAGACGGCAGAACUCGGGUCGAGCUUCUGGGGCCAGUGAUCUUUCCAGGACCUUCAGAAAAAGCUUCAGGCUGGACUACAGGUUAGAAGAGGAUGUCACUAAAUCAAAGAGGGGCAAAGAUGGGAGAUUUGUCAACCCGUGGCCAACAUGGAAAUCACCAACCUUACCCAACAUUUUGAAAUGGUCCUUCAUGGAAAAAAAUAACAGCAAUGUGCCACGCUCAAAGCAGGAACUCGACAAAGAACUCCCAGUGUUACAGCCUUACUUUGUUCGAAGCCCAGAAGAUGCUGGGCAGACAGGAGCUGGAAUGCGGGUCACGUGGCUGGGACACGCCACCGUUCUGGUGGAAAUGGAUGAACUGGUGUUUCUCACGGACCCAAUCUUCAGCCAGAGAGCUUCCCCCAUUCAGCUCCUGGGCCCCAAGCGCUUCCGAGGCCCUCCGUGCACGGUGGCGCAGCUGCCCAGGAUAGACGCGGUGCUGAUCAGCCACACCCACUACGAUCACCUGGACUACAACAGCGUGGCCGGCCUCAACGAGCGCUUCGGCAGCGAGCUGCGCUGGUUCGUGCCCCUGGGGCUCCUGCCCUGGAUGCAGAGGUGCGGCUGCGAGAAUGUCAUCGAGCUGGAUUGGUGGGAGGAGAACUGUGUCCCUGGUCACGACGCGGUCACUUUUGUCUUCACUCCUUCCCAGCAUUGGUGCAAAAGGACUGUGACAGAUGAUAACAAGGUUCUCUGGGGCAGCUGGUCUGUCUUGGGACCUUGGAACAGGUUUUUCUUCGCAGGAGAUACUGGAUAUUGUUUUGCUUUUGAACAAAUAGGUAAAAGGUUUGGACCUUUUGAUCUUGCAGCCAUCCCCAUUGGAGCUUAUGAGCCAAGGUGGUUUAUGAAAUACCAGCAUGUGGAUCCUGAAGAAGCAGUAAGAAUCCAUAUUGAUGUUCAAGCAAAGAAGUCUGUAGCAAUUCAUUGGGGGACCUUUGCUUUAGCAAAUGAGUAUUACUUGGAUCCUCCAGUUAAAUUGAAUGAAGCUCUUGAAAGAUAUGGCUUGAAAAAAGAUGACUUCUUUGUCUUACGCCAUGGAGAGUCACGGAAUUUGAAUACAAAUGACCGGUUUGAAAACUGAAACAGUGUCAGUCCUUGUAAGCCCUGCUUGAUUUGAACUAAUGGAACAAUACUAACAGAAUGUACACAAUAGAUUUUUGAGAUUGAAUUGGAUUUCUAAAUGCCAGGUUUCUCCGUUUCAGAACUAAAGCUUGCAUACCAAUUUCAUGACAAACUUUAUUAGUUAUUUGUUUAUAAAUUUAGAGAGGUGAUCCAAAAGUGAUUUCUAUAUUACGUGUUGUCUGGGAAUAACUUGCUCUGAUGUACACCACUGAUAAAAAAUUUAUUUUUAAACUCUUCAUUUCACCUGCUGCAGCAAUAAUAACUUCAGCACAGAAUAUAUUCUUAGGAUUAAUGGCUGACUUGAAUUAUUCAUUGUUAGACUGUCCUCUCCCACUUGUUAGUCUUCAGGUUAUGCCCUGUACCUUGAUGUACAAGCUUCAUACAGCUUCACUGUAUGUUUUGUGGGGUGAAGUCUUCCAAUACAGCUGUGUUGUUUAAGCACAAGCAUGGUAAAAUUGUUUCACUCUUCAUUUUCAUGUCCUAAUGAACCACAAAAGCUGAAUUUUACAUCAAAGAAAUGUGCCUUUUAAAGAAAGAGAUAAUUUAAUAUUGCAUCACAGAUGUGUAAAACUAACUGCUGGCCAGAAUACCUGCACACUUCUAUUGUUUUGUCUAUGUUUUUAUGUUAGGUCUGAAUGUGUCAUUUGCAACACAUGAAGUGGAAAAACCUCUUGAUGUCGCUUGUCCUUGCAUUAACUCUGCCUUUUUCUAAGUACCUUUUUUUUUCUCCCCAGUAGAAAAUCUUAAGCAAGGGCUGUGGUAUUUUUUCUAAUAGCUUCCCUAUAAUUUUAAAGUUGAAUGAGAUUACAACAUUGUUCAGUGUUAUAAAACUUGGCCAAAUGUGUCUGUAUCAAAUUGUCUUGCUCAUUUACAGAAUUAAAGCCUAUUGUUGCCAAUAAAAAGGGUUGUUAUUCUCCUUCAUAAUUUCA